AUGGCGCAGAACCUGUAUGGUCCCCGAGUGCGAAUGGGCAACUGGAACGAGGACAUCUACCUGGAGGAGGAGGUCAUGAAGGACUUCUUGGAGAAGAGAGAUAAGGGACAGCUUCUCAUACAGAGAAACAGGAGACUCAAAGAGAAUCUUUUGAGACCGAUGCAGCUUUCCAUAACUGAGGAUGGGUACGUUCACUGUGGCGACAAAGUGAUGCUUGUGAAUCCUGACUACCCUGAGACAGAAGCUGAUCUGUUUUUGGGCGGGGACCUGAGCCUGUGCAUGACUCCGGAUGAAAUUAAAGCCCACCUGAGUGACGACUUAGAGGUGCCCUGUGGCCUGAGCGCAGCUCCAACCAAGAUCCCCGUUGGCAGAAACACUUUUAUCAUUUUGAGUGCAGACAGAAAUGCCAUGGGUCAAGUCCUUAGAUAUGGACAGAACUUCUGCCUUGCCAUAACGGGAGGAUUUGAAGACAGAAUGCUGUAUUUAUCGAGUGAUCACAGGACCCUGCUGAAGUCGUCGAAGAGGUCUUGGCUCCAGGAGGUGUACCUGACCGAUGAGCCCUCCUACCUGAACUGUUGGCAGGCUGCCUUCCUGGACCCCCAGCUCCGCCUGGAGUACGAAGGCUUCCCGGUGCCGGCAAAUGCAAAAGUUCUCAUCAGUCACUGCCACACAAACCGGGGACUGGCAGCCCACCGAUACCUAUUCUUAAGUACCUAUUUUGGAAAGGAAGUGGAGGUGGCUGCUCACACACAUCUGGAUUCACACAGAGUGGAAAAGCCGAGGAACCAUUGGAUGUUGGUGACUGGGAACCCCCGGAAAGACUCGUCCACCAUGUUGGACGUGGUGCCCAAGCCGCUGGCAGAGGACGCCCGAGCCCUGGAGAGGGACACCCGAACCCCAGAACAGGGCGCAGACCCCGGGGCUCAGUGACCCCAGGUGCGCGCGCUCAAAAAACCUAGCUUUGCCAGGUCGUGCCCCAACCUAUUUUUAAGCAAACAUGUUUUUUUAUGUUAAAACAAAGGCUAUAUGGAGAUUAUUGAAUUUGUGGUGGGGGCCUGGGACACAGGACAAACUGGCUCUAAGAAGCAGCUCCUAAGUGGUAUUUGAAGGUGACAGAUGAUAUUCCUUUGUUGAUUAUUAAUUCCUGAAGAACUUUAGAUCCUAUUUAGCAGUGGCUUCUACAAGCUAUCAGACCACAUGGGAUUCCUUUCACUCCCCCCCCCACCGCCCUUCUCCCCACCACGUGGUGUACUAAGAAAUCAACAAUGUGUAGCUGUGAGCUGUAGCUUGACCUUGGAGCUAAAUGUCUUCCCCCUUGUAUGUUUGCUUCUACCUCUGACUUAGGGGGGGUCAGGACCUCUACCUGACUGGUCACACUAUUGAGUAAUGAUUUUCAAAGGGCGCAAUCUCUUUAAUCCUUGAAAUGGGCACAUUAGCCGCGGCACCUAUGUGAUCAGAAAGUUCCUGACAAAAUAAAUAUGUA